UUAAAGCAUUGGCCACUUUACCAUUAAAAGCUGAAGCAAGUUUUGAUGAAGAUGAUCUGUCAUCACCUAUUCAACCACUUCCUUUGUUUCAACAAAGAGAAAAUUAUUUCUCUUAGUGAUGUUUCAAAAUAAAAUGGGAAAAAUUUAUUCCAUUGUAUACUGAGAAGAUAAUUACAUGCUCUGCAUACUAUGGAUGCACAAAACUAAUACAGCAGGAGAAAAGUGUUGGUGCUCUGAUAUAUGUACUGUCAUUAAUGACAAUUUGCUAGCAAGUGCAAUCAAGAGGCUGAAGAUUUCAUGGAAAAACAAUUUUAAAACACAUGAUUAAUUGCCUUCCACUUUAUUGCCAAUUGUGCAAUAGUGAAAAUUGACUUUAGGAAUAUCUGUUCCAAGAGAUUUGCUGGCAUUAACUUGUAAAUAUAUGGUAAACUUACCAUUAAUAGAUGUAGAUAGUUGAUCAAAUGGUAAUGACAAACUUUGCAGUAUGCACAAAAUCAUACAACAAUAAUAAUUUUAAUAGUAAUAAUAAUAUCCAUAUAAUAAUGGCUAUUGGGGAUGACAGAUCCCAGUGAUAAUAUCUUCCUUUAGGCCUAUGUAUUCAUCUACAUAAUAAUAUUGCGCUUCUGAAAAAUAAUUGUGAUUACUAUAAAUGAUUUUUAUAUGUUCAGUUUUCUAUAGUAUUCAGAUUUUUAUCUGGUGCCAAUGAAUACUUGACACCAAUGCUGGCUUUAUUUGUUCAAUCAGUAUAUAGUAUAGGUACAGUAUUUUUAUAUCAUAGAUUUAAAUGUUUUGUUUUAUGUUUAAAAGUGCUACUCAACAAAGAAGUGUCCCUGACGAGAGAAGUGCAAACACACACAAACUGGAGAAUGACAAAAAGAACAGUGUAAGAGGAAAACCCUAUUUAAAGCAGUGAACAGUCUCCUUGAAGACGGCUCAGAGAUCUGCAUACAAGUGAUGAGCUGGAAGCAGCAAUACAUUAAAAAAUGUAAUGUAAAUGGUAUGCAGGCAACUACUGCUCAACUUAAGUGUUGCUCAUUAAAGCAAUGAUAGAUUAUUUGGCAUGUAAACAUUGGUGACUGGAGAAAUAUUCUUACUCAGUCAGAACAGCACUACGAGUGCUCCAGUUUUGUUGCAUCUCUUGUCCCCAGCUUCUUCAGCUUUUACAUAACAAUGUAAUUCACUGUUCAUCCAGGGACUUGCAAUUCCUUCUUGAGAUGUACGUCAUUACCUUGUUAAUCACUGCAUAUAUUUUAUUGCUGUGAUUUUUUAAAUGUUUUUAUUGUUAGAAUAGAGGUAUGUGUAGUUUAUUCAAGAAUUCUAUAAAAUUAUGGACUGUGCCAAGUCGCUCUUACACUUUACAUAGGGUCUUUAUGUUUUAAAAAGUAUUUCACAUUCUAUUUAUCAAGCUACUUCUGUGUUACAUCUACUUCAGGAUACUUCAGAUAAUUUCCAUCAUAUCAUAUGUUAAAAAUAAGAUUUAUCUUUUUGUUUUUAAACUGCAUGUUUGUAUAGAAUUUCAUUUUAAGUAAUUAAAUAAACAUUAUUUCCUAUUAAAUUAACCUUAUUUAUCAUAGUUUGAAGAUACUGGAUUAAGAAAAUUUUCUCUUUCCUAAACACAGCUCAAAAUAAGAUAAGAUACAUUUUGAACAUUACGUACAUUACAAUACAUACAUUUUAAAAACUACUGUAAGCAUUUCUUCAAACAUCACUGUUAACAGUUUAUUCUCCUAAUUGCUCUCUGAUAUUGAAAUCCAUUGUAUUACAUUAAGGGUAACUGAAACUUCUUAGAGUAAUUUUAUGUAGGAUUUAAUCAUAUACUCAUGAGCAAUAACAGAAUUUUCCACGUUUUGUCUUGUAGUUGGAAAAAAGAAGGACAGAAAAGUACAAUCAUAGUCAUAGAAUACAAAUAGUUGUGGUUUGAAGUAAAAUAUCAUCACAUUUCUCUUAUACAUACAGAAUUCGCCAAUUUCACAAAUGUUUUCUUAUCUUCCUUUCUUAAUUAAAUAUGGACUUCUGUUUCUUCAUGGCUCUAAGCAUGUUAUGUGGAUAAAACAUUUUCAUUUGAAUGUAGAUUUACAUUUACAAGAAUCUUAAUACUAAUUUUGAAUUUGAUAUGUUGAAUAUUGAAAAUGAUUCUAAAGUUCUAAAAAUGAAGAUUUUCUUUUACCAAACAAACAAUAUUUAAAAAAAAAAAGAUUGGUUAUUGUUGAAUGGAAAUACUUAAAAAAUAAAGACCUUGUGUAAAUGACAACUUCCUUUGACAAAUUAGUUGCCCUUGCUAAUUGCAUUUUCUUCUUUUUAGCCACAAUGUUUUGUCCUAAUGAUUUCUUAAAAUAUUAAACUGCUCCUGGAUGAAAGCAGUUGAAACUUUUACAUUCAUAUAAAUUAUCCUACAUUUUUUAGAUUGUAUUGUAUCAUAAUAAAUACCUCACAAAGCUCAAAGGAGAAAAGAAUGAUGAUUUUUUUACCAUAAAAGGCAGGUGUUUGAAACUCAGAAACUAUGGAGAAUAUAUUUUAGUUAUUCACAAUAUCAUCAAAUAACACACAUUUAGUGUUUUGAGCAUACUUGAAAAUGAAAGUAUUUGCUUAUUGAGUUCAAGAUAUUUAUGACCAUCAUAAAAUAAUGAACAAUAUUUAGGAUAUUGAUGCUUUUAAAGAAUAAUAAGCAUAAAUGUGAUAAAGCAAUCACAAAAGAAAGAAAAAAAGGAAAAGAAAAGAACUAUUUUUUCUCAUGGCAGAAAUGAACAUUUGGAAUUUGUACAAUAAGAAUAAGUAUUAAAUUAUAUUUCCAUAAAAUUCAGACUUUUCAGACACACUGCAACAUUGCCAAAUAAUAUGGUCUUGAAAACACCAAAUUUCAGAGAUCCCUUUGAAUGAAUUGUGGCCUAAUUUCUGCACAGUAGCCUAAUUUCUCUAUCAAUGAUUUUUUUAGAUCAACAAUUGCAAAGGUUAAAUGUUUUAUUGUUUCUUGCUUGUGUCUUAAGUACAUAUUAAUAUUCUGAAAUGAAAACGGGGGUUAAAAAAUUAACAGGGUUAUGAUAUGAAUUGCUGUAGGAUGUCUUAAUGGAUUAUGAGAUGUAAUGAUGUCUUGACAAUUUUAGGUAAAAGAUAGUUACAACCCUGAAAAAAAAAGUUGGAGAAAUAAAAUAUAUUUUUGUACUAAGCUACAUUUGCUAGAAGUAUAAAAUGUAAAAUACCUUAUACAGAAAUACAGUGUGUGCUAUGACAUAAUCGUCCAUGAAGUAAAUAUAUAAGCAGUUUUAGAUGAUAUAAUAACCUGUUAUGUUUUUAUAAAACACUGUAUUUUCAAGUUGUAGAGAAUGUGAGGUUUCAGUUCAAUUUUCAAAAGUGUUCAAAUAAUACACUGGAAUUGUUAAUGGGUAGUUUAAGUGUGUGAUUGCUAGACCUGUUCACCAAAAGGUACAGCCCAGAACUAACUUUUACUCAAAAUAUAACAGAAUAUUUAUACGUGAUAUAAUGUUGUUUAAUUUUAACAGUUAUUUUGGUUGUAUGUGAAAUAUAAUAUACUAUUGUUGUGCAUUAUAAACAAUUUGUAAUAUUCCUUUUGAAUAUAACCUUGGUGAAAAUGCAUACAACCCAUUUUGUUUUAUAAAUAAGAUUUAUUAAUUUAAUACUAUAUAUAAAGGAAGUAGAAUAUUAUGUGUAUAUACAUUAUUAUAAAUAAUAUCAUAAACAAUUAAAUAAUUGUAUAAUUGGGCAACAACAGGUCUUAUUGAAAUAUCCUUAUAUAGGUAUGGGAUUAAAAUGGUGCCAUGCUGGAAAUACCUAAUUGAAAUGUAUACCUCUUGUAUAUAAAUAUAUAUAUUAUAUAUAUAUUUCAGUUUAUUUGCUCACAAGCAAAAUGUUAAAGAAGUAUAAACAAUUCAUUGAAUAGUUAAGUAGUAAAUUCCUCAUAGAUUUUCAAUAUACUUAAAGAGAAUAAUGAAGAAUAUUAUUAAAACUAAAAGACUAACAAACAUAUGUUAACUGCAUCAUUAGAAGAGUGAAUUGAUGACUUGAAUGCGCAUCUCUACAAGUUUCAACCUGAAGUCUAUUGAGAUCCAAUCUUUCUGAGCAAAAUUACUUCUGACAAAGAUCUUUCAUUUAAUUUCUAUCUAUAGAUCUUAAAAUCAACUGUCUGUUUGGUUAUAAUGGAAAAGCAACACAGGGGAAAUGCUUAAAUUACCAAAUAGAGAAAGUAUUAAUAAAAUAUUUCCUUUAUAAAUGAAUUGGUUAGGACAAAGUAUGUGCAAAAGAACAAUUACAUUUGUUUUUUUAAUUUUUGGUUUAUUAAUACUCAACUCUUUACCCUGUGUGAGUUAUUGUGAUAUGAAUUAUCACAAUAUUUUAGGAAUCGGAAAUUUCUUGAAAUAUUGUUUCUUGAAGCUUCAAAACAAUUUUUCUCAUCUUUCCCUCAAUACUGACAGUGAAUAGUGAUAUAAAGUGUAAAUUAUGGUCUUAUUUCAGCAUUUCACUAAAAGCACAAUUUCAAUGCAUUAUUAGAACAAAAGAAAUAAUGUUUCUAUCAAAAUAUUUUAUAUUUGAAAUUAUUUCAGGAAAGCUAAAUAAUUAAUAUUUUAUGUUACCAGACAUUGGAAGUUAAUUCUAGCUUUAAUCAGAAGGAACUAUUACUUAAGAAAGACCUUUAUUGGUUCUGGUUUUGUGUAGCAAGGUUUUGUUCUGAAGGAAAUCAGGUUUCAAUUGAAACACGUGAAUGGAUGCAUACACAAACCACAUGUACAGUUUGUUCCUAGGGAAUACAUUCUUGGUGUGAAUGAUGAGCUAUGAAAGUUUGUUUAGUGAAAGUAUUGAAAAAGAUUGUUAGACUUUAUCAUUGUUCUAAAAAAUUUCAACAAUUAUACGUGCAGAAAGGAAAUUGAUUAGAAAGUAUUGCAGUUUAAUGUGAUGUAUUAUAAUUUAGAAUGAGCAAAUGAGUAAUUAUGUCAAUUAUCUGUUAUAUAAAAUUAUAUUGAGUACAUGUUUUUUAUUUUAUUUUUCAUAGAAGUUUUAUUAAAAACUUCUUUUCACCCUUUAUACCUUACAAUUGUUUAAGAAAAUGAAGCGUUAUGUGUAACCCUUGAGGAUUCAGAUGUUCAUUAUUAAUAUUUGUACAUGAAUGGCAUCCUGUAUGAAUUGUCACUUAUUUUUUGGUAUAGAACUCCAUGAGCAAACCACAAUGAUUUUAAUAAGAAGACGGAACUUGUACAAUUUACUCGUUACGAAGAUAAGAGAGUAUUUUGUUAUGUUCAGGGAGUAGGAUGGUGUGAAUUUCUGAAAGCCAACCUGUUCCUGAUAAGUAAAUGGUAACAGAAAAAGAAAAAAAAAAGAAAAAGAAAAAAUGGAUUGUCUAUUUCAUAGCAAUGUCCUAGUGGAAAUGAUAUUUUGAAGACAGCCUUUCAUGUAGUUUUU